UUACUGGUCAGUGUCAAUUUCCCCGAACUCAAAUAUUUCCCCGAAAAGGAGAGUUUAAAGAUUUUAAUUUCCUUCCAAGCCUUGCACACCCUCUCCCUGUCCGGCAUCCUCCCCCGCAUCCCCCACCUGGGACUCCUCCCUUUCAUUGUUCUGAAUUCCCACCUCUUUGCUGCCCCGAUAGGCCAUUUUCUAGGGUGUUCUGCACCAGAGCUCCUUCCCUUCCCUCCCGCCAGUCUCCCGGGAUCCCCACGGCCCUGCUCUCUGGAGCGGGCUGCAGGACUGAUUCUGGUUAGUGGUAUGCGUGUGAUUUCCUAAGAAGUAGGCAGGGCCUGCCAGAGGUCUCAAGAGAGAUGAAUUUCUGGCUUGUCAGCUACAUUGGAGCCAUCUGGUUGCUGAUUCCUUCAGUAGGGGGGAUCUGUCCAGAGCCCCUUGCAGCGAAUCAUAGCAUCCUCAUAGUGCUGGAGAAGGAAGAUGAGACAUGGGUGACCUACAGCUGUACUAAAGGCUACCACCUCGUGGGGAAGAAAACACUCUUCUGCAACGCUUCUCACAAGUGGGACAGACCAGCCCCCUCCUGCCUCCCGGGUCACUGUCCCAACCCGUUGGUGGCGAAUGGCCAGAGGAGUCCACCAGAGCAAGGGCCCGUGGCUGAGCAGGAGACAGUCAGUUUUACCUGUGACGAUGGCUAUGUCCUGAAGGGCAGUGGCUCGAGCCAGUGCCUGGAGAACCACACGUGGUCCCCGCCUCUCCCCACCUGCAGAACCACCAAUUGUCCCAGUCCCAAGAAGCCAGCGCAUGGCCAAUUCACAGCCAACGACUUGACUUCAGGUUCUACUGUCACUUACCACUGUGAGGAGGGGUUUCAGCUGGUGGGCAGACUCUCUCGGAAGUGUGUCGAUGGAGAGUGGAGCGGCGAGGAACCCAUUUGUGAAGAGGCGUGCGUAGCUCAUACUCAGGCUCUACUUCAGGUUGAGAAGAUACUCAUUGGUCUUCGGUGUGUGUGUUUGUGGCUAAAGAGGAACAUCUGUGAGGUAGUAAAAGAAGGGAUACAGUUGCAGAAGUGCCAGCCAAGGUGGGAGGAACUAAAAUCUUCCCUGGAGAUAAAGAAACUUCAUCUGGAAAAUGAGAAGCUGCAACUGGAAAGGAGCUGAACGAGUACUUGGAGUGGAGAAACCGUCCCUUGAACAAAAUUCAUCCUCUGAAUAAAUUUAAAUUUUGGAUCGGAAAGAC